UUUAAUGUUAAUUAAUAAUAAAAUUGUCAAUCUUAACCUUAAUUUGUUUAGAAAUACAAUAAAUAUUUGUAGGCUCUUUAUUUUAAGGUUGAAAAAAAGAAGUUUUAAGGAAUAUUAUGGAUCACAAAGGAAAAUUAAUUACAAAUUUACAAUUUAAGGAAAAAAAACUACAUGCCUUAAUUUUUCUCUUAAUCGAAAAUCUGAACUUUUAUAUAUACAUAUAUUUUUACUUCUUUGCAUAUACAAAUUCUGGGCGGAGGCGUCGAAAUCAAUUUGAAAAAUGGGGGAAUCAGAAGGUGGAGGAGGAAUCAGAAGGGUGACGGUGUUAACCGAGGAGAUGAGGCGUAGAAUUGCAGAAGGAGGAACGUCGACACUGACAGCGGCGGAGAUUGAGCAAAAAGUUGCAGAAGGAGGUGGAUACCUCAGGGGGUUUAAACCACCAGCCAAUUACUCUUAUGAAAAGUAUGCCAACGAUAGCGACGACGAGCUUUUGCCUGAUGACGCUUUGCCUGAGCAUCGCCCUGAUUUUUACCAUAUUUGGCGUCAUUAUCACCACCAAGCUGCACAAACCAAUGGUUUUGACCUUGAUAUCUAUCCUGGCUGUUCUAUGCUGGCUGAUGUGCUGCCAUUAGAUAAGUCCUAUACUAAGUCCCAUACUAAGUAUGGUGAGAUAAUGAUGGAACUGGCUAACCUUGCUAUCCAGCAAUACAAUGAGAAAGAGUGCAAUGUUUUAAGUACAAGUUCUUGAGUAUUGAGAAGGUGAACUAUCGGUUAACGGGAUUCCAAGAAUUUUUUAUGACUGUUAAAGUCUUAAAUCUCACUCUUGGUUCUUCUAUUGAAACUUUUCAAAUACAUGCUGGCAGACUGAUUGCUGUUGCGGCGGGUACCAAAAAAGUCUUUAGUUGCCUGCCAAAAGGAGGGGGGUUGGUUGCAAUUGCCAAGCAGGAUGGAGAGGGAAGUGUCACUGAAGGGAAAGAGAAAGGCCCUUGAACUCUAGUUAUUUAAUAGUUUAAUCGUUUUACUUUAAUAUAUAAUCUGGUCUGAUAAUAUUAUUCACCUGGAUCCCAUAGUUUGUAGAAACAUUUCAGUUUCUGUAACUAUGAGUGCUUUAACUUUGAGAGGUGACAUGACCUCUUUGUUAAAUUAUGAGCCCUUUAACUUUGAGAAGUGA